AUGACUGGGUUUCUGUGGAUAUCAUAUUCUACGCAUAUUUUUGGGAAAUACGGUAUGCCAAUGGGUAUGGCACAACGUGCAUCACUUCUGAUGUCUCUACCUCAAGCAGUGAUUAGUAUUGCCCUUCUAAUGUGCUUUGAAAGCUUCACUAGAAGAACUCUCUUGUUGGUCCCAACUACCAUAAGUAUUUUUAUCGGUAUACUCACAAUACUCGCUAUCAACUUUGGGAAAGCUUCACUUGGACUGCCAUUAGGGGCUACACUGGCCAUCUUGGCCUCUAUGGAUCUCACCGCUGCAGCUGUGUGUGGAGAAAGUGCCUACACAAUUGUGCCUGAAUUAUUCCUCCCGAAUGAUAAAAUACUUGGCACCGCUAUUGUUGGCAUUGCUCAGGUGCGUGCUCUGUUUUUUUAG